ACUUGUUUGGAUUCAAUUGAUGUCAAUAAAGAAAGAUUCUAUAUCUUUUAAUGCAAUACAUUGUUUCUUCAGAACUAUGCAACUGAGUAUAUACAUGUGCUGAUACAUUUGACAUUUUUUUAAGCAGUCUUCAAAGAGGUAUAAUAAAAAAAAAAUAGUCAAAUUGACUUCUAUUACAACUUGAAAAACUUACAACAAUAGUUUUAUCUACUAUAUCAUCACUUAGUAAAAUAGACAAGCUGGUAAUAUUAAAAUUGGUAGAAGUAUUAUAAUUUGUAAAGGUUCGAGAGUAGGAUCAAUGUCAAUAUUUAUAUAUUUAUGUAUAUAUUUGUCUUCUUAGUAUUCUGGUGGCAUUAUUUUUGUAGAUUUCAAAAAAAAAGAAAAGAAAAGAAAGAAAUUAAUAUUGGGCUAGAUGUGUGCAACUGAUGGGCUGGUUUGCCGCUAGACGGACAUGGGUAAGCCCAAUCUCCCGCAACUGUUAAAAAAAAAAAAAAGAAAUGUAGCGCGAAAUAUAUUUUAAAAUUUUUAAAACUGUAACGUAACAUCCUUUGGCUGACCUCUUAAGAAACGGACUAAUCAUAGAAAAGAAAAUGGAGUGAUUUUAAGCUUCAAACUGAAACUACUUCCCUCAAUUUUGUUAUCAUUUCCAUUCUCCAACAAUCAAGCUCCACAAAAAACUGAUAAUCGCCAUUGUUGUUACGAUUAACUAUGGAGAAGCAACUUCGUUCCACUCUUCAAUCCUCACCAAACGAAUUCAUCGCUUCAGCUUCAAAAUUCGCCCUCAAAUCUUCAAGGACAGCUCUCAAAACCCUAAUUCACGCUAUUAAGCCCUCUUCCGACCUCUGCUCCUCUUUACCGUCCUCUCUUAAUGCCUACAUUUCUCAAGCUAUCCAAUCAUUUUGCAACCCUACUGCACCCAAAUUCGAACAGGAAUCCAACAGGAGUCCCGCUAAGUCGUCGCUCUCGCCCCCAACUAAACGUCACCGAAGAUCAUCUCGGAUCCCCAGAACCCGGAUCGAACGAGACCCGGAACUCAAUUCGGCGCCGAAUACAGAUGAGGAGAAGCAUAAAAUCACCCAAAGUCUUCAAGCCAUCGCUUACAUUGUACGAAUGUGCGUUUCGCACCCGAAGAAGGUGUUUUCUCCGUUGGAUUUGUUGCCGGGAGUUCAAAGUUUGCAUGAUAAUCUGAUUGUUUUGGAGUCUGAUUCUGCGUUGUCAUCGGAGAUUGUGAACUUGUGCGAAGAGUGGUGGAAGGAGGAUUUGGCGGGUCGUGAAUCGUUGAUUUCUCAGUCACUUCCAUUCUUGCUGUCGAGGUCAUUGAGUUUGAAUAAGAAGCAGGAUGUGUAUAGAGUAUGUGGUCUUCGUGAGGCCUUUGUUCUGUUCGAUUUUGUGGACGAAAGCAUUGAAGACCUCAAGCUUUUGUUAAAUCGGUGUGUGAUUGCUCCAUUGUAUAUGAAAACAGAAGAAGGGAGGAGAUUCAUUGCUUUCGCUUUUGGGUUAAGUAGGCAGAUGUUGAAGGAGUUUCUGGCCAUGAUACGGUCUCAAAUUCCGUUCGGAAGUAAAUCAAUGCUGGAGGCUUAUGGUGAUGUUUUGUUUCGAGCUUGGAAAGUCGCCGAGAUGGACACCAAGGAGGAGAUUGAAACUGGGUUUUUGCAGGGUUUAGUAGAAGGUGCCAUAUAUGCAAGCUCUGCGACAUUGGCUGCUUCUGUUAGGAGGGUUUUGGGAGCUUUUAUUAAUCAGCGGACCACAAAUGGUGUCGAGAAACUACUUUUUGGGCUUACUGAGCCUGUAAUAUUUCGGUCUUUACAGGUUGCUAACACAAAUGUUCGUCAAAAUGCACUACAUCUGUUUCUGGACUUGUUUCCUUUUGAAGAUCCUGAUGCAACGAAGGAGGUGAAAGAUGCUUUGCUUGAUAAGCAAUUUUACUUGUUGGAGAGAAUGCUCAUGGAUGACAGUCCUGACAUAAGAGUUGUUGCAGUAGAAGGUUCUUGCCGCAUACUGCAUUUAUUUUGGGAAAUCAUCCCUUCACCAACCAUCACAAAGAUACUAACGAAAGUUUUUAAUGACAUGUCUCGUGACAUAUGCAACGAAGUCAGGCUUUCCACAUUGAAUGGCAUUAUUUAUUUACUUGGAAAUCCACAAUCUCAUGAAAUUUUAAAAGUGCUUCUGCCUAGAAUGGGGCAUUUGAUAGUUGAUAAUGUCCUUUCAACACGACUAGCUGUGGUAGAUCUUCUCCUUGUGAUAAGGGAUAUUCGAAAUUUUCAGUUUCAUAAGGUGGUGGAGUUAGAUUUGUUAUUGUCUACACUAGCUGAUGAUCAUUCUCAAGUGGCUCAGAAAAUAACGAAAUUGCUUAUACCCUCAUAUUUCCCCUCUAAAGCAUCCACCGAAGAGGCUUGUAACCGUUGUGUUACACUUAUAAAAAGAUCUCCAAUGGCUGGAGCAAGGUUCUGUGAGUUUGCUGUAUCAGAGGGGGCAUCGCUCAAGUCUGUCUUCGAACUUGUGAAAGUAAUCAUGAGCUUGGUCUUGUCGCUUGAUAAACUGCAAGUAGAUCACGUUAAUGGUUUUCUUCUUGCUGCUUCCAAUCUUUGCAGUAACCUUACCAUUGAGCCAAAAUACAAGGAUGCUCUUAGAGAAUUCUUUGUUGAUGAAAAGUUGAAGCGAUUGUUCACUAAAGCAGCAUCUAGUAAGCAUGCUCAGUCUUCAAUCUUCAACAUUGCGUCCAUCAUCUCAGCAGAUGAUGUGAUUGAGAUUCUUAAAGGAUGCAUAGAUUUAAUAACAAAGUGUAGUGGUUUAUCUGGAGAUGUAGAAAGACAAGCUGAAGUGAGGUCCGCUCACAAGUUAUUACUGUCUUGUGGUCAGCUUGAUAGUAUGCUUGAAGUUCUAACAUCACUUCUACAAAAAACGGCUUACCGUUGCCAUGUCAAAUUUAAUAUUGAAGUACCUAACCCAAGUGUUUUCUCUAAGAAAAGAAAACAGGGUAGGUCGGCCAGCAAAAUUGUAGAUCAGUGGAAAAGUGUCAGUAAGAAAAAGCCAGGCAAUUUUGAAGAGGACUAUGCAGUCUCUGUAGGAAUAGCCUGGCAAAUUGAAGACUUGCUUAAAUCAGAGGAUAGUAGAAAAGUUAUAUUGGAAUCUCAGAAUCUAGAACCACUAGUUCUAGCUUUAAAGGCCAUUUCUGAAAUCAGCAUUUUGCAGUGCUUAAAUUGUGAAUAUAUGGACGUGUCUUCUGUUUUGGCAUACACAACUCUUUCAUUGCACAUGACUCUUGAAAAUGUUAGAAUAAGUAGUUUUUUAGAUUGUGGUAACAUGGAGAAUGAUAGCUCUGAUUCUUCACAAGCAAGUCUGAAGGCAAUUAUUGAACAGGCACUGGGGCACUUGCUUAACUGUACAGAGAAGCUAUUCCAAGAAGGUGACAUGGAAAAGUUGAGGAAACCAUAUUCAGAGUCUAAGCAAGCAAAGAGUACUCGCAAAAAAAGGAACAAGGAACCAGAAGCGGAUGCUACUCGUCUUAGUGAUAAUGGAUCUGUCUGUACUGAAUCAAAAAAGAUGUCAAAUAAGGUGAAAAUGCUUACUUCAGUUCUCAAAUUCAUGGCUGAUGCUACUACAAUGGGUUUUGUUUUUCAUAAUCACGAGCGGUGCUUAAAAUUCACAUCAGACUAUUUACGACAUAUAGCAUCAACCUUAAGGAAUCAAUCUAAUAACCUGAAUCAUUUUGAAGAGGAUGAUGUGAAAGAUAUAAUUUUGUGUCUGAAGAGCUCCCUCACAUAUGCAGCAAAACUACUCAAUCUAGCUCUUAAAGACAUAACAGAAGCUUCACCGCCUAGGCCACAAACUUUUGUUCUUGCCAAUGACAUGCUUGAUCUACUGACCUCAAUUGAACAGCAUCUGGGCUCUGGUUAUGCUGCAAGGUUUGUGGCCGCAGCUAAGCCUUGGCUGCCUGAUUUGAUUCUGGCAUUAGGAUAUGGGCACAUGCUGAAACAGAUACAUGGAGAAGUGGCACAAAGGACUGUCCUUGAUUCCUUCAGGCUCCAUUUUCCAUCGUGGCUCGCGGCCUUGGCUAAGAUUGAGCUAGCUGAGCUGCAGAAAACCGAACUUGAUGUGGAAGAUGAAAGAGCUUCUGAACCAGAAGAAUUACCUGCUUUCAAGAAACUUUUGGAAAUGAUUCUCGUUUUGGUGAAAGGAAAUCCCAGCAUACUCGAUGCUGCUGGUGAAAUUUUCUUGGUUGGCUCCUUAGUUGGGUUAGAAGGGAAGAAUAAGGGGCUGGUAUUAGGACUAGUACACUUUGUAUGUACCAAGUUAUUCAGACAUGAUGACAAGGAGUGGGAUGAUAUAAUGUUGGCUUCUCUCCAACACAUAUAUCCUCAGAUUGAAAGACACAUUGAAGAAGAAAGUGAUGAAGAUGAAAAACAGAAAUUAGAGAGUGCUAGAGUGUUGCUUGAACCUGUUUGGAUGUAUCAUGUUUAUGAAACAGGCAGAGUUUCUGAGAUGGAAGAAUAACUAGACUCUUUUGCAAAAGAGUUUUUCAUAUAUGUGAAGAAAAAGGAUAUAAUAGCUCUUACUUUAAUGCUAUUGCUUUCUUGGUUACAAGUUCCACGUGCAUAUAAUAAUGAGAAAAUGAAGCCUUGUGAAGAAAUUUAACUAGAAGUCACUUUACUUACCGUUUUAGUAUAUGAAAACAGUUUGGCCUGUUUUUAAGGUGUACUUUCUGAGUUAUUUCACAUUUUUAUUCCGAGGGUCGUUGUAUUUAAAUAUGACUUUGCUAGGAGAUUAAUAAUUGGAAAUGAUUCUAUUUAAACAUUCUUCUACUCAAUUUUUUUUAAAAGAUUUGCCUUUGUGUUCGAAAACAUAUUAAUAUUUAAAGUUAAGGAACAGCAAAGCGCAAAAAAUAGUCAACAAACAAAGUUUAGGAGAAUAUUACAAAUAUUCCAGUACCAUAAUAGAAUAUUACAUGUCACUUGCAAAGAGAAAUAAUAGGAUAGCAAUGAAGAGAAUCUAGCCUUACAAAGAAAAUUUUGGUGAAACGACUAACAAAAAAAUAAUAAUAAAUAAAAUAAAGAAAGAGAGAAGGAAUCAAAGUUAAUUUACAAGACUACAAACUGUAAAAAAAAAUGGAACUUGGGCUCUGUUUGGACUCAAUUUAUAGAGAACAUCCCAUUCCAUACAAUUUUCUCUUCAAAUUUAGUUUUGGGAACUUUUUUUAGUCAUCCAAAUUACGUUAAGCUUAUGUUAUAUAGUCCCUCUAUUUUGUUAUUUCUAUUUUCCUCAUAAAAUCUGGGUUCCAAACAGAGGUUUAACUAAAAAUAUACCUGAAAAUUGUUUUUAUUUAAGCUUAUGUCACGAUCUGUCUUGUUCUCUAACUUGAUGAUAUAUAGAAACCAAUCUGCUGAGAAUGAAUGUUAAUUCAAAGCAAGUGUGGUUCAAACAGGGAUCAUCUUCAAACCGGCAGCAACAGGCAUGCCUAGAAACCCAAUGAACAAACUCACAAACCACUGUGAAAGAGUGAGGGGAGAGGUGUUUGCAAAUGUUCCAAGGAAUUCAAUGAUAAUUAUUUGGAAGACCACAGUGCAUGCAAGGACCCCCACGAACACAUAAUUAUCCAAUAUGCCCUUGAAAACAUUUAUCUCCUCCAUCUCUCGUGAGCUUAUCUCAUUGAAAACCU